AUGGCCACCACUACGAAGCUGUUCAAGAAAGCCACCCAUGAGAUUGGCGCCUCCGACCCCAUUCUCACUCGCAUUGCCGCGGAGGAUAAAGUGCCAUGGUAUCAGAAGCCCAACCUUCGAUACCUCUAUCUCAUGCUCUUCCCGACUUGCAUGGGUAUCGAACUGACCUCUGGAUUUGACUCCCAAUUGAUCAACGCCCUCCAGAUUGUGCCGUCGUGGGUUGAAUACUUCGGCGACCCCCAAGGGUCACUCAAAGGCAUCAUCGCCGCAGCAUAUUCACUUGGCGCCAUCCUGUCGUUACCCUUCAUCCCGAUUGUCAACGACAAACUUGGGCGAAGAGGCUCCAUCUUCGGAGGGUCCUGCGUCAUGAUCAUUGGAGCGCUUGUUCAAGGCUUCUCCCGCAAUGUUGGCAUGUAUAUUGCCGCGCGAAUCAUCCUAGGCUUCGGCAUUCCCACGUGCAUCGUCUCUGGCUCUGCCUUGAUCGGCGAACUGGGCUAUCCCAAGGAGCGCCCCGUGCUGACCUCACUCUUCAACGUCUCCUACUUCAUCGGCCAAAUUUCCGCCGCGGGCAUCACUUUCGGCACCAACAGCAUUGCCAGCAACUGGGGGUGGCGGAUUCCGUCGCUCCUCCAGAUGGCGCCCUCCCUCCUGCAGAUCGUGUUCGUCUACUUCAUCCCCGAAAGCCCGCGUUGGCUCGUCACCAAAGACCGCAGCGAAGAAGCCUACGACAUCCUGGUGAAGUACCACGCCGAAGGCGACCGGGAGUCGGAAUUUGUACGCGCCGAAAUGGCGCAGAUGCAAACCACGAUCCGGCUCGAGCUGGAGGCGUCGAGGAAGUCGUGGUUGUCCGUCUUCUCCACGGCGGGCAUGCGUCGCCGCGUUUUCCUCUCUUCUUUCCUCGGCCUCUUCACCCAAUGGUCCGGCAACACGCUCAUCUCGUACUACUUGGGCGACCUGCUCGCGAUGAUCGGCCACACCGAGAGCAUCUUCAAGCAGAAGAUCAACCUGGGCAAUUCGUGCUGGUCGCUCGUCUGUGCUUUUACGGCUGCCAUGCUGGUCACGCGCUUCAAGCGCCGCACCAUGUAUCUGACCUGCACGUGCUCGCUGCUCGUCGUCUACAUCUGCUGGACCAUCACGAUGCAGCAGUCCCUCGCGGCCACGGCGGCGGACCGCUCCAACGCCGCCGCCGGUGCCGCCACCAUCGCCUUCAUCUUCCUGUACGCACCCUGCUACAACAUCGGCUACAACGCCCUGACGUACACGUACCUGGUGGAACUGUGGCCGUUCGCCGAGCGGUCGCGCGGCAUCGCCAUCUUCCAGCUCUUCGGCCGGUGCGCCGGCUUCUUCACCACCUUCGUCAACCCCAUCGGGCUGAAGAACAUCUCGUGGAAGUGGCUGAUCACGUAUUGCUGCUGGCUGGCGUUUGAGAUCUGCUUCGUGUGGUUCUUCUUCCCGGAGACGGCGGGCCGCACGUUGGAGGAGCUGGCUUUCCUGUUCGAGGACAAAGCCCUCGCCGAUAAGGCCGUCGUCGCGGUAGAGAAGGUCGUCCACCACGAGGACAUUGAUCCCGUCGCGAUCGACCCCAAGAGCAUCGAGGUCGGACACGCUGAGGUUAUCGAGCAGGUCCCGGAGAAGGGAAGUAGGGUGUAA